AUGGUGGCGACCAUCCGACUUCUCAGCGGCCUUGUCGGCUCGCUCAGCCUCCUUUCUCAAGCUUCGGCUGAGCCACUGCGCCCAACAGAGCAAGUCCGCAUCAUGGCCCUAGGUGACUCCAUCACCGGCAACCCAGGCUGCUGGCGCGCCCUCCUCUCUCGCAAGCUCAACGCCACCAACAUCGUCCCCGCCAUUCCCUACUCCCAAAUCCGCUUCGUCGGCACUCAAAACCGCACCAAAUGCGGCUACGGCCGCGCCUACGACUGGAUGCACGAAGGGCACGGCGGCAUGCAAGCGACCGAGCUCGCCCAAGCCACCGAUCCCGUCACCGGCAUUCCCGUGGGCCCGCCCAUGACGCAACCCCGCCUCCGAACCUAUCUCACCUCCCCCGGCGUCGACCCAGUCGACAUCAUCCUCAUGCACUUGGGAACCAACGACAUCUGGAACAAGAAAACCACGGCGGAAAUCAUCUCCGCCUACGGCCAACUGCUCGACCAGAUGCGCGCCGUCAACCCUGACGUUCGUCUUCUUGUAGCGCAGAUCCUGCCCAUGGAGCCGUCCAACUGCCCCGACUGCGCGGCGAAGGUUCGGCAGCUGAACCGGUACAUCCCGCUCUGGGCGCAGUAUGUCAAUAAUAGGAUUCAGCCGGGUGAAAGUCCCGUGCGGGUGGUCGAUCAGUACACGGGCUUUAACGCGACGAGGUUCACGACGGACGGGGUGCAUCCGAAUGCCAGGGGGGAUGAGGCGAUUGCGCAGAAGUGGCUGGAUCCAGUGGUUGCGGCUGUUAGGGAGGUUAUUGAUCAGAGGCCCGGGCAGUUGAUGGUUUGA